AUGAAAUUGCCCAGCUGUUUUGAUGAAGUAGAGCUUCCGCCAAAGCGUUGCAUGUAUAAUCAAUUAUCCAAAAACAAGAGGCUACAAGUUUCAAGUGUUGAAUCAACUUCGUCCUGUGUAAACUCUGACGAGUUUCAGUUAUUUAUUCGAGACAACACGUCACCGUACCCUCCUGGCUUGACGAACUUGGGCAACACUUGUUACAUCAACGCGACUCUGCAGUGCUUGCUCACUAUUCAGCCGCUAGUGGACUGGCUUGUUAGUCAACCCGAAAAGCACUUCCCUCAAAACCCAGAAUCUGAAGGUCCUCUUCUCACGCCAGUUCUAUCCAAAUUAGUUGUAGCGAUCUUUAGAAACGAUUAUGCCUCGGAAUUGAAGGAAUUCCGACAAGUCAUCGGCGAACUUGUCAAGGACUUCAAAGAGCCGCAGGAACAGGACGCCCAAGAAUUUUUACUCUUCCUGCUCAACCGACUGCAUGACGAGACGGCACAAAAGCCCACCGGUCGUGGUCCUAGGACUUCAGAAAUUCUACGAAUUUUUGAAGGCACGCUGCAAACACAUCUCAUCUACCCUCAGCAUAAACUAAAGCCACGUUUGUCGAAGUCGUUUCUUAAUGAAUCGAAGAGCAAUUCGGAAGUUUUUCUCUCCCUCUCCGUACCUAUACCCCUUCCAGGAAAUCAGUUAAAAGCGGCCACCGACUUGUUGGACAGCAACCCCUGUGAUUUAAAUAUUGUAUUCAACGAAAUUCGAGCGCACAACUCAUCCAUUUGCUUUCGUCGUCUGCUGAAGGUGCAUCCAAGCACGGACAUCCAGAGCGUUUACAAUCAGGUUCUCUCCUUCCCCCCCAUCAGUAGUAGUACCGCUCCCAAAUCUUCACAUACGACAGGGGGUGGAAGUCAUCGAGACUCCAAAAAAUCUACCAUCGAAGAGUUCUCAUCCUCAUCUUCCUCCACUUCAGAUCUCUUUAUCCUCUUGCAGGUUAAAUCCACCGGCUUUGGUGAUUGGUUUUUGGAAAGUUCCGGUCGUGCAGUCGACUUGACCGACGGUCUGAACAUGGAGGAUGUCUUCUUUACAAAUUCGCAUGUCAUGAAUGAAUCGGUGAAACGGAGUCUCCUUAGUGGCGAUGCCCUUUUCAUCGUCCGUCUUAAUAGCAAACCGUCGGUUGAAGAGCCACCACUCACUUCCCCCUCUUCCUCCUUGGACAAAAACGGGAUCUCUGAUGUCGAGGCGGGGAAACAGGUGUUAGACUCUGCUUCUUCCAGUACAGUCGAGAGUAGAAUGCAGCUGCUUUUGGUGCACGUGGAGGAACACAAGAACCGCACCUUCUUCCGCUCCCCCUCCAAUGACAAUAAUGCUGCUCGAACGGAGAGCUUUCGAAGGUUCUCACCUCCUCUCAGUGUGAAUGUUCCCAACGAUAUCUGUUUCGAUAGUCUGCGUCUUCUGGCGCUGCAAUCGCUGUUAGUGUUUUGUGGCAACCGCACUCCCACCGGGUCCAUGUUGACGAGCGAAGUCUAUCGUAGUGUCUAUUUCUGGGUUGUAGAUGCCGCGCCUGGGGAGCCUUGUGAGAUCGAUUCAAGGCAGGAGUUUCCACUUCUCCACUCCACUAUUGAGGUAUCUUCCAUCCCUUUGCCAAAAUGGCUUUCUACGGAGAACGGUGAUAGGCCUCGCCUCCUUCGUCUCCUAGUCGUUUGGUCUUCCCCACCCAUUGAUCCUCUGCCAACUUUCAAGGUGGAUACGGACUUGCCUCUUCGGGACUUUUUGGCGGACCCCAAUGUCAGCUCGGACUGCAACUCGCGUCUUGCUGGAUCGAAUAACCUUGAGGACUCGUAUUUCACCAUUGAAAAAUGCCUUGAGGCGUUCAUUGAGACAGCAAAUGUGACUCGCACCCAACCCUGUGACAAUUCCGCAAAACAACAUACUACCGUCCUCUUGAAUACUAGGCUUGAAAAAGCACCAAAAUACCUCCUUCUCCAUCUAAAUCGAUUCGUCUAUGUGCCUGCGUCUAGCGGUGGCAACGUGCUAAUGAAAAUCAACUCGUUGGUAAAGUAUCCAACAAAAAAUCUAGAUCUCUCCUUCAUGUUUGACCAAUCCAAGUUGAAGAGCAACCGGAAAUCUAAGAACUCUAGCAACAGUGAUUCGGGCAAGCCGGUGUACGAACUCGUGGCCGUCUGUAAUCAUAAGGGGUCAAUCGAGACCGGCCACAUUACCGCAUAUUGCAAGAGUCUUAUCUCUGGGCAAUGGUGGCAUUACAAUGACCUCAAGGUCCAUAAGGUCUCUCCCGAUCAGGUUGUCCAACCUGGAGCCUACAUUCUCUUCUACAAAAAAUGCGACGCCGAUGUGGGCAAUAUCCAAAAGACUUUGGAAAAGUUAUUUAAAAUCGCCACAGAAGGGAGGGGUUGCCAGGCUGCGACUCUCUGUCCAAUGAAUGCGCCGUACACGACGCCUCCACGACUGUGGGGCUGCGGUAGGAAGGCGGGUCGGGAGAACGAUAACAUGGAAUUUCAAACUAUCUAA